AUGAGCAAUCCCAUCAAACUCCCGAUGACUGCACUCUCCACGACCGGUCAUUGGCCUUUCAAUUUCAACUAUGGUUUUGACUCCUCCCCCUUCCUCUCCGUAUUAAACUUCCACAUCGACAGCUUCAACGGAACAACUCAGGAUGGGGAAGGGUUGGACGACUACACUGCGCCUAAUGAGACGGGUACCCCAAGCCCCGCGCCGGUUCUGCCUGCAACGAGUCGAGCCAGUAGCGGUGGAUUGGUGCUGCGCUCAACGCCCGCUCACUUCGCGCCUCCAGGUGCACACAGAGGCGGAGAGGCGCUGGUUGAGUACUCGGUACCCCCACAACCGAGUGGUGGUGGUGGUCACUUAAAAAAGACCCCUCCCAUUGCGCCUGUCGCCGCAACUGCUGCUGUCGCCGUUGCUCCGGCGUGGAAGCACCCACCUUACGAACGGAUUGUGCGCGGCGUGGAGUGCAUCAUUGUGCGAAUCAGAGCUCUCCUUGACGUAAGUUAUUGA